AUCGAUAGAAUCAGCCUCACAACCAUUUCGCGGACAUUGUCCAAACAUAGAGUGCGGAUGAAGCAGCUCUACACUGUUCCCUUUGAGAGGAACAGUGAGAGGGUCAAGGAGCUACGACGACAAUAUGUCCAGAGAGUUAUGGAAUUGGAGGCCAACCAGGCCCCUCAUGAAUUCAUAUACAUCGAUGAGGCAGGAUUCAAUCUGGCCAAAAGGCGUCGACGUGGACGGAAUGUAAUUGGAAAAAGGGCCACAGUUGAUGUGCCAGGACAGAGAGGGGCAAACAUUACCAUGUGUGCAGCAAUUGCAAAUGCAGGAUUACUCCUUCACAAAUGUCAGGUUGGACCCUAUAAUACAGAGCGCUUGCUUGCCUUUCUCAAUGAUCUCCACCAGCGCCUGGUUCCAGAGCAGGGUCAGGAGGGUGAAAACAUGAGGACCUUUGUAAUUACCUGGGACAAUGUGGCUUUCCAUCACUCGCAAGCAAUAACAACAUGGUUUGAAGUCCACCCAAGACUGGUGAGUCUCUUCCUUCCACCCUAUUCACCUUUCCUCAACCCCAUAGAGGAGUUCUUUUCUGCAUGGCGGUGGAAGGUUUAUGACCAUCAGCCACAUGACCAGAUGUCCCUCCUUGAAGCCAUGGAUGCUGGCUCCAGGGACAUCACAGUUGACGAUUGCCAAGGGUGGAUCCGACAUACCAGGCGGUUUUAUCCCAGGUGCAUCGACUUGGCUGACAUCAGAUGUUCAAUGGUGCGUGUUCUUCUAAUGGCCACCUUCCCACUGGAGGUUUUGAUCUACAGCAAUUUAAAAGAUACCAAGGAAAGUUACAAGUACCUGGGGAUCCCACAAGCAAAUGGAAAUCACAAAGAUGCCACAAGGAAAGUUGCAACCACUAAGUACCUGCACAUGGUCAGGCAAGUCCUGAAGAAUCAGCUGAAUGGGAAGAACAAGAUCAGGACUAUCAACAUCUAUGUCCUGCCAAUGAUCAGGCAUAAUAAGCUGGCCAAAAGAGGAGACAGAAGCCAUGGACAUCAAAACGAGAAUACUCCAUGCAUGGAGGGUUUAACCCAAAGUCCAGCACCUUGA